AUGGAGGUUGGGAGCGGCACGGGGCUGUCUGCUGGGGGGCGUGGCUGUCGUCCGCAGACGGUGAAGUUUCCCACGGGGCGCGGGGGGCCAGCGGUGCCCGUAGCGAAUGGGAAAACGAUGCUGAAUAACACGCCUACGGCCUCGUCGCAUGAACGUUAUUCGCGCUUUGGUGAGGCGUUUGCGGACGUGGGCGUGUGCCGGAGCACAGGGAUUCGUAUUCGGCUUUGCUACCAAACAUUUGGGCAGCGCGAUGCCGCGGGCGGGGUGGUUCUUCUUAUCAUGGGACUGGCUUCUCCCAUGCUGCUGUGGGACAUGAAAUUCUGUGAAUGCCUGGCGUCACGUGGGUUUUACGUCAUUCGCUUUGACAACCGUGAUAUAGGGCGGAGUACGUUUCUCACGGGCCAAAAGGUGUUACCGGCAGCACUGUCUAGGGACUCCGUGAGGGAUGAGGCGGAGGUAUGGGAGGUCAAUUCCGGCGCGGCGCCCGCCCACUCCUGGUUGGGCGCGUUAGGUGAGGACACGCUGCUGUAUGCGCGGCUGGCCUACGCCAGUGUGGUGCCAGGGCGUCAUAACCUCCUACGUGAGGUGUACACGCUGCAGGACAUGGCAAGGGACAGUGUCGGUUUACUAGACGCCUUGCACGUUAGCAAGGCACAUGUCGUCGGCAUGUGCAUGGGUGGUAUGAUUGCGCAGGUUGUAGCCAUUUACCACCCGGCACGGGUUGCGUCGCUCGCACUGAUAUCCACACACAGUGGAUCUUCGCAGGCGGGGUGGCCCUCGCUGCGGGACGCUUUGGCAUUGGCCCACUUUGCCAUGUAUGUUACACGUAAAGGCUUCGCCGUGCCGCUGCCGCUUCGAGGGAAAAAUGGCCGUAAGAAGCCAACACCAAAAGAGGAGGGUGCCUUGGCUCACGCGUUAGUAAAUCUCAUUGGACGCUUCGCGCCGGGGGCUGGGACGUCCUUUCCCAUUGAUCGGAGGGCCUGCUUAACGCAGAUGCGCCGCAUAGUUCGACGGAGUUCGGAUUUUAGCGGGGCCCUGCGGCAGUACGUGGCACUGCUGAAUGCACCCGAUCGCCUGGAGGGACUACGACGCAUUCGUGUGCCCACAGUUAUUUUGCAUGGCACCGCCGACCCCAUUGUGCCGUACGUGAACGGCGAGGAGCUCGCCGCCCUGAUUCCACACGCGGAGCUCGUUAGAGUUGCAGGGCUGGGCCAUGUCUUGCACCCAGCACUGCGUGACAGAAUUGUCGGUGCGCUGGCAUCAAAUAUGCGGGCGCCAGGGCGGGAGGAGCAGGGUCCGGCGGCCACGGCGUCCAAGCUCUGA